AUGAAGCCGGAGCAUGCGGACGUGGUGGCCCCCGAUGACGAAGCCGCCGUCAAGUGGGCGAGGGAGGACUACAUCCGCGAGCAGGUGCUCCGCCAGCACCAAGCAUACGCGGAGCUCCAGGCCUGGUGCCGCGGACGCGAGGAGGGUGGCGUCACCGUCCUCGACGGCGACGAGGAGGACGACGUCGUCUCGCCCAACCCCCCACCGCGCGCCCACACAAAAAAUAAGGCGCCGGAAGAGAGCGGAGCGCGCGGCACGCGAAACACCCAAUUCCUAAAUACUCGUUCCCAAUCUCACCCCUCUCUAUCGCCGCCCACGCACAACACAUACCCUAAACCUAACCCUCCCACGCCGCCGCCCCGGAUCUGCGCGCCGCCGCCCCAGAUCAGCUCGUCGUUCCCCUCUCGCCACGGCAUCUCGGACCCUGGCCUCCCUUCCCUUAUCCCGCACUCAAGGAGGAGCAGCAACAUCCCGCUGACGAGCAGCAACGCCUCCCGCCGUGCUGAGAGUGAGGAGCAGCAACACCGUCCACCGGCAAGCAGCAGCAGCGUCGUCCGCCACCGAGGGUCCACAGCGCCAGCUGGUUCAGAGGAGCUGCUGGCCGUUCUUCUUCCUCCACAGGCGAAGCCUGUCCCGGCUGAUUCCCCUUGCCCUGCCCCGCCUCCAGAACUCAACAUGUGCAUCCAGUCACGUUCCCCAAAUUCAUCCGUUCUAACCAUCCAACCCUCUUGCAACUUCUGUAACGGGUGGUCUUUGAGAUCCAACCUUGCAGAAAGCCAUGGUUGUCGUCAUCGCAGAGUUCAGGAGAACCGAGAAUGAUUAUACACGACCAAUACAGAACGACCUCUCCAGUAGUUGAAAACCAAGGUGAAAUGGAGGGAAGUAUCAAGUCGAAGAUAUUAUGGCUUUUGUACAUCUUCUAUUUUCUUCAAAUGGAAGUUGAUGUCGGUUUGGUGAUCGAAGACUUGGGCUCUGCCAUAGUGUUUUGUAGAGUGAUCGAAUAUUUAGUCUCUUAUGAACUUGACCCAUAUUUUGUAGCAUGCCACAACUUGUAUGUUGACUUGAAUAUUUCUUUAAUGGUUGUAGCAAGGAAAACUAAUGAAUCUUCUAUAUAUGUUGAAUAAAUGCGUUGGUCAAUGGCAUCUUGUGAUGAA